GCUAUCUGACAUCGACACGUCGAGUCUGAAGAUCCGGGAAAACAGGAAGAAACAAGGAAGCAGAGCACUAGCUACCGGUGGUUCUUUUGGUCUGUUAACCGCGGCGCUGUUUGUUCACCUAACGUUAUAGCAAAAUGCCUGAAAUACAGACACCGAGGGUUCGAGCCAUCAACACCAGUGCUAGUGACGGACUGGAGGGGUUCAAGGCACAUGCUGUGUUCCAGGAAAUCAACAAGAAGCUCCAGGAGGAUGGUGAGCAGUUUGUGAAAAAGAUCGGGGGAGUGUUUGCCUUCAAAGUAAAGGAUGGACCAAAUGGACAGGAGGCAACUUGGUUUGUGGAUGUGAAGAACGGCAACGGCAGUGUUCACAAUGACACAGCUAAGAAAGCAGAUUGCACCAUUUCCAUGUCGGAUACAGACUUGUUGGCCUUGAUGACGGGGAAGAUGAAUCCACAGACUGCGUUUUUCCAGGGCAAGCUGAAGAUCACAGGGAACAUGGGACUGGCCAUGAAGCUUCAAAGCCUGCAGCUGCAGCCAGGCAAAGCCAAGCUGUAGAUGAGACGUCGGAGCUAGCUGUAACUACACCUCUGAACACUGAAAAGAGUUAACCACAAAGAAACCAUCUCAUCACUGGACUGAACCACUUUUCCUACUAGCGACCUCACUGACUGACCAGGGGAUUAGUCAGCAGCCCUGCCAGUCUUACUGGAGAAUAAGAUAGAUAGACAGAUAAUUAAUUUUCUAAUCAAGUCCCUCUCAUGAUAAUACUGUCAGUACACUGGAGUAGAGACAGGUGCUCCCUACUAAUUCAGUUUAAAUCCAGUUUUCAAUAACUUUCCAAAGUCUGUUGCUAAUGAAAACUUACUUUGAGUGUAUUAUGUCUGGAAAUGUUUUGACUAGAGCCGAUUGAUGUCAUUUUCCACAAUCAUGGACACAACAGUCUAAGUGCCUCCUCGUCUCAGUUUGCUCUAAGGUUUUUAGCCAACAACGUAGAAAUGUUUUUCACUGUGGCCGCCCAAUGUUUUAACAGAGGGGUUGUCAUUUUCUGCAGUGCUAUGUAUGAAUCUUUAAAAGAUUUCUACUAAAUAAAUUUCUUUGCUGCGACAUCCA